UUGCCGUUCGCGUAGUGAGUACAAGGUUCGCGCUGGAACCGGCUGCAGUGCUGCACAAGCGCGUCUCGUGUCUGCACUCUCUGCACUCGCAGUCAGUUGAGUUGCCGACUUUCGAAGAGUCGGUGCGGUGCGCGUUUCGGCUGCUAUCUUAUCUUAAAAAUUUACACAAACAAACAAAAAACAAUACAAAACACGCGUUUGUGAGGAUUUAUUUUCAACAUAGACAAUUUAUUUGAUUUAAAUGUGAAUUUGUGGCAGUGAAAAUAAUUCUUUUACACGAAGGAAAUAAUCUCCACGGCUUAAAUCACAAAGGGACAAGAAAUCAAUAUUUGGAGGUGUAAAAUUUACAAAAAACACUCUACGGAAGUCCCGGCAGAGUUAUAUUUAUUCAUAUAACAUGAAAUGAUGAUAACUUGAAGAUGUCUGCAAGGCCGGAUUGUCGUGUGGUGCUGCGACAAUGCUUGGCGAUUGUCGUGCGCAAGGAGGGCUGCCAAGGAGAUCCGGGUGACUUUUGGAUGUACGAGAGCGGAUACCUACUCUUCCAGGGAUUGCUGUCUGCGAAUUCGGUGUGUUGGUGGAACAGCGCGCUGAACGGCGCGACCAAAACGCUCGUCUAUAAGGGCUACGUGAGUCCUGGAGCAAUCCUGGUCGGCUCGGAGCCCUGCGCACUCGAGGUUUUACGAGGCGCCUGGGCCAGACGUGUGCUGCAACCGCCGGCGGGAUAUCAGAUCGUCAGUUUGGAUGAUGUUGAAAAUAGCGUGGUGAAUUCCGUCCCCCAAACGCAAUGGACGCCAUUGACCGAAGCGAUAUGUGCAGUUGUGUUGAGACUAUCCAGCCAAGGACGUCCGGCUGGAAUACCAACCAUCCGGGAAGCUUUGAUCAUGGCUUUCCCACACGUCUCGCCACCGAGUGAACGAGUCAUUUACGACACCCUUGUUCAACUCACAACUGAACGAAAACUGUACCAUACAUCUAGGGGAUAUUUUAUCGUUACUCCAGAACGGAGAAGAUCCCGGAGUCACUCAAGAAGUCGUCGAAGAAAUGACGAGGAAGCAAUGGGUAAAGGUAUCUUGAUGACGACGGAGGAAGCGCUUGUGUUGGUGCACGGUGAAAUGACGACGAUUCGUGACGGGGACGUCACUCAUCAAUGCAUUCAGACGAAUUUGGCCGAUGUUAUUUGCGGCGGUAACGCCAGCGACAAGAUUCUCUACGCGCGCAACAACAAACGCCGCUCGGCGUCGUUCCCGUCCCCGAAGAGUCCGGACAGGCGUGGAUCGUUCCGCCUGUGGGGAUCUACACGACGAUUGCGUCGUUCGGCGUCGACCAGGACCAUUGCCAGACAGAAUUACACGGAUAGCAGCAGCAGUACGGAAUAUCCCAAUAGCGAUUCGGCUAAUACUCCAACUCCCAAGAAAGAAUCACUACUGUCGAGGAUAUUCCGACGCUCGAAACGCUCCCAGUGCCAAAUUAGUAGCUUCAGCGCACAAUUUCCGCCGACUGAAUGGUUCAAUUCGAAAGCCAUACAUUUGCACAAUGUCGGUACACAAACAUCAACUGCAGAUGAGGAUUCAACAUUGUCAUUGCCAUAUUACUUUGUAAAUUCGGAAACUGCAUCUUCUUCCAAGUCGGCGACAUUACCACGCCGCCAUCGACGUCAACUAUCCAAUGAUUCCACCUACAUGACAUCACAUAUUGCUUCGCGUGAGCAAUCGCCCAGUUUGCGAUUGGGCACACCAUCAUCCAGUUCUCUACCGCGGAAUCCCAAUCGCAGUCCGAUACAUUCAAUCAAGAGCCGUGAAAGUUCCCGUAAGACAAGCCGCAGUAGUCUUACGAAAGUCCCGCCCAACGACGACAUCGACGAGGAGGAGAUUAAAUCCUUGGAGACGAAACCAAUCCGCCCAACGAAACGCGACAACUAUAAGAUUUUCGGUAGUGAUUUUAAAUCAACGAAGGCUUCCAGUCUUGAAUCAUUGAAGACUGUGCAUGAUAAGUCUUUCACGGAUGAUUCUACGCUGAAAACUUUGGCGAGUUUAGACAACAGUGGUCCGUCUAGUAUCGAAUCGCAUAAAAGCAGCAAAACUGGUAGUUCUAUUACUAGUGGACCGUCGAGUUUGGAAUCACACAAGACUGUGAUUUCACGCAAUACGGCGGCGGAUGCGCGAUCGAAGCGGUCGCCUAAGCGACGCGAAAAGGAAAAGCAUAAAAUCACGGAUGCGGCGCCAUCAAUAUCGCACAGCAAUUCAUUUACGCUGCAGGUGACGACGAACCAGAACGGAAACAAUUUCGCUGCUUCGAAUACGAACGCGACGACCACGGCGACUAUUAAUAGCGGCACCGGCGCAAAUACGAAAAUAUUUGUCCAGAACUCGCCGGUGCGCUCGGUGAUUACGUUCGAGAACGGCCAAAACAACGAUCCCAAUCCGAAUCUGGUCAUCAUCAACGGCUCCGAUCCCAUCAUCGAACCAGCGCGAUAUCAAAUAUCCGCCAAACCAGCAGCAAAUUCUCCUGAUUUGUGGGCAAAAAACACAAACAAUGCAAAGGAGGAAAGUCUGAACAACAGUUCGAUGCCCACCGAUGAGAAGAACGAGCAAAUGAACAACAGCCGAAAGUUGUCGCUGCAAAUGCCAUCGCGCGAUCUAAACUACAAAAACUUAUUGAAGAACCUCCCAUCGACGUCGAACAAUAAGCAAUUCGCGUCCAAUUCCAACCCGGACUCGCCCAUAAAUAACAGCUUCAAGGAAUUCACGCGGAACACGUUUGACAGUAAGUCGUUCGAUGAUCUAGGCGGGAGCGUCGGGGACGUUUAUAAGCAGCUCACCGAUUCGAAAACCUCCUUGGAUAAAUCAUAUCAAUCCAUAUUGGAUAAGAAUAUUCUGGGAUCGGAGCCGAAUAUCAGCCUGAAGGAUCAGGAGGGCAAGUCGGUGAGUCGGCAAAACAGCCAGCAUCAUUUUCCGAGUCUCAGCGACUUGAGUUUUAAUUUUACUAGCUUGGCAGCGCAGAAAAUCCUCAAGGGUGUGAGCAUUAAUAGCAUCGACACACUGGUGGAGCUCAAUAUGGCGGCGAACGGCGAGAAGCAGAAUAAUUGUGAUAUUGUUCACACCGAUUUCGGAUUGGUUUGAAACACUCGAUGCAACUGGAGUUGGUUUUUCUUAGUUUUAGAUUAGAGGAAUGAAAUGCUUUGCGACGAGAUGAAACUCAUGUUUUAAGCUCCUUACCCGACUUUUUAGCAUAAAAGUUGAUGUUGUAAGGAGUUGUCCAGCAGCCAUAGAGAAACCCGAAUGAAUUGAAGAAGGUAGGAUCGCGUGCGCGGUUAUUUCUUGUUUAGUCUAGUAAGUAAUAUGCAAACCAAGCGGAUUUACCAAACGUUUCGCGGACAAUAUCAAGCUAUACACACGUGUAUCAUAGGAAAAGAUGUCUUCAUACAGUGUCUUAAACUUUUAGCGAUUUUACCCGAUUUUAAUCUAAUAUACCCCUUUUAUAUACAGUAUAUACAUAGAUCACUUGCUUUGUAUUUAUCCGUACUUAAUCGUUUAUCAUUCAAAUCGGUAUAUGAUUUGAUCAGCUUUGUAUAAAAUAUGUAUUAAUGCUUGUUUUGCGGUAACAUGUAAAAAUGAACAUCUUACUGUAAGUAUUUUAAUAAACAACAUUUACACGAA